AUGAACCGCCUUUUCGGGGCGAAAAGCUCAACUCCUAAGCCAAAUCUAGGUUCUGCAAUCAAAAAUGUCGACGAACGCGUAGAAUCCAUCGACGUAAAACUCGCCGCCAUAAACGCCGAACUCCAAGGCUACCAAACCAAACUCUCCAAAAUGCGCGACGGCCCCGGCAAAACUGCCAUCAAGCAAAAAGCCCUCAAAGUGCUGCAGCGCCGCAAAAUGUACGAAGGUCAGCGCGACCAGCUGCAACAACAGUCCUGGAACAUGGAGCAAGCAGGCAUGAUGCAAGACAACCUCAAGAACGUCAUGACGACCGUCGACGCCAUGAAGACGACGAAUAAAAGCCUGAAGCAGCAGUAUGGCAAGAUCAACAUCGAUAAGAUUGAGCGCAUGCAGGACGAGAUGGCCGAUCUAAUGGAGGUAGGGAAUGAUAUCCAGGAGAGCAUUAGUCGCAGUUAUGAUAUUCCGGAGGAUGUGGAUGAGGCUGAGUUGGAUGCUGAGUUGGAGGCGUUGGGGGAUGAGGCUGAGUUUGAGAAUAUGGGUGCGGAGAGCACGCCGAGUUUCAUGGUCGAUGAAGUGCCGCAGUUUAUUGACGAGCCGCCGCAGCAGACGGGACAGGUCAAGGAGGCUGCUGGAUGA